AUGGCCGCCGAGCCGGGCGGCGGGUGCGCCCGGCCCGCCCGCUGCUGCCGCCCGCCGCUCGCCGUCUUGGCCGCCGGGCUCCUGCUGCUCCUGCCGCUGCCUCCCUCCGCCUCCUCCUCCUCCUCCUCCUCCUCCUGUAACCACCGCGUACCCAGCGGCGACCAGGUCGUCUAUCAAGUUCCUCUAAAGGAAAAUCACGUCUCGAAGAGAAACGUGGAUCAACAGCUAAGAAUUAAGAUCGUAUAUGACAGAAGCGUUGAGGAUUUGCUGCCUGAGAAAAGACACCUUAUAAAGAACAAACUCUUCCCACAAGCUAUAUCUUACUUGGAGAAGACAUUUCAAGUGCGCAAAUCUGCCGGUGCUAUAUUGCUAAGCAGGCAAUGUGUGACAAACCAAUAUUUAAGGAGGAAAGCUGACCCUCACAGAUAUUGCCAAAAAGCUUGUGCAGACCAUACAAGGUGUGGGCCAGUUGUAGUUCCUGAGAAACACCUCCAGCAAUGCAGGGUGUACAAUGACAGUGACUGGCACCGCAGGCCCACGGGUUUACCUGACCAGGAAGGGGUUCGAGAUGCUGACUUUGUGCUCUAUGUUAGUGCCCUCACUACUGACAGGUGUGGUCAUGAAAAUAUCAUUGCAUAUGCAGCCUACUGCCAAUUGGAAGCUGAAAUGGACAGACCAAUAGCAGGAUAUGCUAACUUGUGUCCAAACAUGAUUUCAACGCAAGCUCAGGAAUUUGUUGGCAUGUUGUCUACAGUGAAACAUGAGAUAAUCCAUGCACUGGGUUUCUCUGCUGGACUGUUUGCAUUUUAUCGUGAUGAUGAUGGAAAACCUUUGACACCAAGGUAUGCAGAUGGACUUCCUCCUUUUAAUGAAAGCCUAGGUUUAUAUCAGUGGAGCAAUAAAGUUGUUCAUAAAGCAGUGAGGCUGUGGGACAUACGUGGUGGCAAAAUGCUGCGCCAUGCUGUUCAUCUUCUGGUGACACCUCGGGUAGUCGAAGAAGCCCGAAAACAUUUUAAUUGUCCAAUCCUAGAGGGGAUGGAGCUUGAAAAUCAAGGUGGUAUGGGUACUGAGCUCAAUCACUGGGAGAAGAGAUUGUUGGAGAAUGAAGCAAUGACUGGAUCCCACACUCAGAAUCGAGUCUUUUCCAGGAUCACCUUAGCAUUAAUGGAAGACACAGGAUGGUAUAAAGCAAAUUACAGCAUGGCAGAGAAAUUAGACUGGGGACGCAAUAAAGGCUGUGACUUUGUAAUGAAGAGCUGCAAAUUCUGGAUUGACCAGAAGAGACAAAAGAAGCAAUUAAUCAGUCCAUACUGCGACACUUUGAGGAGUAAUCCUUUGCAGUUAACCUGCAGACAGGACCAAAGAGCAGUAGCAGUGUGCAACUUGCAGAAGUUUCCAAAGCAGUUACCUCAGGAAUAUCAGUACUUUGACAAUCUUAAUGGAGUACCAGCAGAAGAAUUGCCUUACUAUGGUGGCUCAGUAGAAAUUGCUGACUAUUGUCCCUUCAGUCAGGAAUUCAGCUGGCAUUUAAGUGGUGAAUUUCAACGCAGUUCAGACUGUAGAAUAAUUGAAAACCAACCAGAUCCUACCAAAAACUAUGGUGCAGAGAAAUAUGGACCAAACUCUGUAUGUCUUAUUCAGAAAUCUGCUUUUGUUAUGGAACAGUGCCGGAGGAAACUCAGUUACCCUGACUGGGGUAGUGGAUGUUAUCAAGUUUCUUGUUCUCCACAAGGGCUGCAUGUGUGGGUCAAGGACACUGCAUACUUGUGCAGCCGCUCAGGCCAGGUGUUGACUGUGAGCAUCCAGAUGAAUGGCUGGAUACACAUUGGCAAUCUGAUUUGCCCAGCCUGUUCAGACUUCUGUGACUCCUGUCCCCCAGAGAGGGAUCCUCCAGCUUCUAACUUAACAAGAACUGCACCCAUUGACUUAUGCUCCUGCUCGUCCAGCCUGGUUGUAACGCUUUGGCUGCUGGUGGUCAACUUAGUUCCUCUGCUAACAGGAUUGUUUCUCUGUGCAUAGACUUGAGCUUGGGGCAAGAAGAAAUUCUGAGAUAAUUCCCAUCCUGCUGCACUCCUUACUGUGGAGCAUAGGGGUUUUGUCUCUACAGGCAGCUCUCUCCUGCAGAACCUCAUCUCCCCUGGCAAGUAUCGCUGCACACAGUAGUCAGGGAGGUGCUGACAAAAGUAGGCAGAGUUUUGAGAGGAGGAAAAUUUACCUUGUCAUCUCAGUAAGUGCCAGUAUUUUCCUGAAUUGCAACCUUUUUUUUUGACACAGUAACCAGAUCCACUUUGCCAACUGUGUUAGACUACCUGGCAGCUCAGUCAUGUUUUGAAAUGAGAGCUCUUCUGUAAUAGAACUGAGGGCUGGUUUUUUUUGUUAUGUCUGUUGUGUGAUUGGUAGCAAAGCAUCUUCAAACUGGAAAUAUACCUCAGUGGUUUAGUCAAAAGCCAUGUAAAAAUCAGUUGUCAUCACUGCUGAUAACCCAGGCCUAAAGAGGCUGGUAAUUUGUUUAUUUGUUUUGUCAAUUCCUACAGUUUAUGGGGGAGGAAAGAAUGUAACUGGAUAGACCGGUGGUUGGCAGUUGCCUCCCAUAACUGGAUUCUGCAGCUUUGAGCCCCCUCAGAAUUCAUACUAGGUAAAACAGCUAAUUCUUGGGGUUCAUUACAUCUUCCUACAAGCACAAAAUGGAAUUUUAGACUGGUAACCAGGACAACUGUCUAGAAAUCCCAUUUUCAUUUAUCAUGUGCCCCUUCUACUAUGAAAUUUAAUACAUUACAUUUAAAAAUCCUCAAGAGUUUUCUAGGCAAAUGCAUUUUGGUACUGAUACUCAGACUGUAAAUUUGGGAUAGGGUUUAUGUUUUUUUUGUUGUUGUUUUUUUCUCAAAUAAUGAAUAAUGGCAUUAUUGUUUCAAAACUAGUAUGAACAUUACUGCAGAUGUUCUCACUUCCUGUUGAAGAGCAAACCACUAGCAAUGGCAGCUAUAAUUUACAGGAUCAUGCUGAUAUCUCUAGACCAAAAACUACAUUGAAUGUGUAAGGAAAGCCUAAUCUGUUUUUUUUUCUUCCCUCUACUUUUUCUUGGACAUGUAAAUACUAUGGAUUAUUUGAGUACUUGUAGUCAGAUGAGAAUCAGAUGGUUUGAGCCACAUGAGGGCACACCUUGCUACAAAAUUAAUCUCUUGAUGACAAAAUAUAUAAGAGGAAGGAAAUGAGUAAAAUCUGUCAAGGUAAGGACAGCUGCUCUAUAGGGCCAUUGUAAGGAUGUUUUUAUUUAUUUCUGACUAUAAUGUGUAACAAAUAAUCCUGUUCAGAGGUAAAGAAACUCUUGGUGGUUCAAUCCAUUGCUUAUCUUUUUAGGACAGUGUCCACUCCUGGAAAAGUGUUAAAUUGAGGGAGCAGACAUGCCCAGUGCACAAAAAAAAUGCAGAUAUAGGGAGAAGGAUGAUGUUACUCUGCUUCUUAAAUGUUCUCUGAUAUUAUAACUGCCAGUGACUAUAUCUCUUUCCUAAAUGGAAGGUAGGAGAUGGAGAAAAACUUUAGCUACAAUUAUACUGUAAUAAUAGGACUUCCAUCAUGAUUGUAAGAAAUUCUUUGUGCCUACUGGACUUGAUUUUGUUAGGGUUUUUUUUAUUUAUUUAAGGAAACUCCUAUGACACUGCUGAGGCAAGUAAGGUGCAAUCUUGAACUGUCUGAAGGCAUCACAGUUGAGAGCACCUUGUACUGGGCUAGUUCUUCUUAACUGCAGGUUAAGCUUGCUGUGAAUUACACAAGAUGUAGGCUAGCCUUAAAUGAGUGUCUCAGAGAAGCAAUACAAGUCAGGACUCAAAUGCUUUAAAAUUGUACAAAUUGAAUUAGGAAACAGAUUGGUAAGUGAACACCGAUUCUUUUAAUAUAUCCACAAAACAGUCAAUGUAAACUGAUACUUGGAAAACAUAAAGGUUUGAGAAUACGUCUUGGGUCCCAGAGGUUGAUAUUGUAUUUUUUUGUCUGUUGUGCAAUAAUACAGUUGAAAUGUUAUCACUCAACAACAAUGCUUUUGAUACUUGAAAAGAAAUUACUGGUUAUUUUUUCUUACUGUGAAAUGUUUGCACUGUUUGAACUUUCUGGUUAACUUUAUAACUGUUAAACUUUUUAACUGGUGUUAAUUUAUUGUGCUCAGUAUUUGAUAUGCUGGUUUCCUGUCUAAGUGUGAGAUUUGUCAUAUUUAAUUGAAUAUUUUUACCUUCUACACAAUUGUUUAUCUUGAGGGCUUUUCUUCUUUUAAUCUUUCUUCCUGAAAAUUAACUGAAAGACGGCUUAGAAAGUUGAUGCUUACCUACUUCUAAAUUGUAUGGAUUAAUUAAAGAACGGGGAUGUAGUGCUUUGUAUUGACAGGGAAAAAUCUAUCGGCCUGUUGGAGCUCUUGUGGUCAGGAUCACAAGUACCUGCUAAGUAGCUGCAUCAGUGACUCCAGUGAAGUAAACCUGCUACUGCCUUAAUAAUCUGAGAUUUCAGUAGUAAUUUCUUUGUCGUGCAGCCCUUCAGCUGCCUGUGAACUGCAGAACUGGACGUGACUUUGGGGGGUCGGACGUGGAAGGUACUCUGGUCAGAAAAAUGCAACAUCUUCUAUUCCAUCAGUGGGUUAGCAGCUGGUAGCAGCUGUAACCUUGUGGGAACUGCCAAGGAAUGUGUCAACUUAAAGUGGCAAUGAAUUGGUAGCUGACAGAAUAUUUGAGUAAAGCUGACUACCUCAGUCCUGUUUGUCUUUGCGUUCAGCUUUUAGCCUGCUGUGAACUUCCAGAUCUUAACAUGAAUUAAGUAAAAUCAUGUCUCAGGUUUUUAUGAGUAAAAUUACUACAGUAGGAAGCAUAAGCCAUUUUUAAGUAUAGAACACAGCUAAAAUUGUAGCUUAAGCAGAUCAGUUAUGUAGCCUUAAGUGUAGUUUCUGCCGUAAAAUUCUGAAUUCUUUUAAAUAAAUGCAAAGUUUGCUGUUUAGGUGUCCUGACUACAUGUAACCAGUCCCUCCUAUUGCACCUCUUAAGUGUGAAAACUU